AUGACUUCAACGAGGAAGAUUUCAAAACAGCAACUAACCAAGGAAAGGAGUGACGCGGAGCGCCCGGAUCAAGAUAUCAGUGACGCUAACAUUAGCAUCAGCACUUGCCCAACAGCUAAAGACUUGAACAUGGCGGAGAUUCUCCGCGAAACCUCUUUCACUGAGACAAAGGCCUCACUGGACCGACUUGAGGGCUCAAUGCAAGAGGUGAACGCGAGGCUGACUACACUGGAGUCUCGGGCUGAGGAAGCUGAGUGCAGGAUAAAUGCUACAGCGGAUGCUAGCCAACGCAGCGAGAGGGUGCUCCGCUACCUGCUGCGAAGAGAGGCCACGUUAACAAGUCACUGCGACGAGUUACAAAACCGCCUUCGCAGAAACAAUAUGCGUAUCUACCAAGUUAAAGAGGAGAGUGAAAAGGAAGAUAUGAUCGGUUUCGUGAAAGGGCUAAUUAAAAAUGUCCUGCAUUUUCCUGAAGACGACGUUCAGAUCGAAAGGACUCAUCGUGCUCUCGGGGCCUGCUAUCUGGUGCGGCUCCACCACGCUCCAUAA